GUUGCGGAUUACUUGCGGCUUGGGUUUGUUUAUUUUUCAAUUUCUGCAAUCAUGGCUGAAGAAACUGUGGAAUUACCAACGGGAGAAAAAAUCAAAGAAGAACCAAGAGAUGAUGAUGUUAUUUGUGAAACGGAGAGAAGUCCAAAGAGAUCUAAAAAGUCCAAUGAUUCUGUAACAAUUAAAACAGAACUUGCAAAUGAUGCUUCUGAAGAUAAUGAGGAUAAGAUUAAAGUAACUGUCAAAACUAUUAAAGAAAAGCGUGAUAUUGAAUUGAAAAAAGAUGCGUCGAUAAGUGAAUUGAAAACUCAAGUUUCUAAGGUUUUCAAGAUUAAUACUGACCAAAUUUGUCUUAUAUUUUCUGGACAAAUUUUAAAAGAGGAUGACACUUUAUCUGGCAGUGGGAUACAGGAUGAAAAUACUGUACAUGUAGUCAUCAAAUCUUCUACGACAACAUCAUCUGCAAAUAUUGCAGCUUCACCUUUUGGGCUGAGUGCUUUGGGAGGUAUCCCAGGUUUAGGAAAUUUGGGACUAGGAUCUCCAAACUUUCUUGAAGUGCAAGAACAAAUGCAAAGAGAGCUUCUACAAAAUCCUGAGCUUUUACAGCAAGUUAUGAACAACCCAUUUGUUCAGUCUAUGAUGGAAAACCCAGAAUACAUGCGACAAAUAAUCACAUCUAAUCCUCAGAUGCAGGAUAUGCUGGAGAAAAAUCCAGAGUUAUGUCAUGUUCUGAGUAAUCCUGAUGUGUUACGCAAUACUAUGGAAUAUGCCAGGAAUCCUGCAAUGCUACAAGAAUUGAUACAAGGUAGAGUUGAUAUUGCAGCAAAUGCUUCAAAUGAAGGAAAUAAACCAGCAUCCAAAGAUUCAGGGAAAUCUGAAACAAAGAAAGCUGAAUCUGUAUCUGCCAAAAAAGAUGCCAAAGAUGGAGAGUCAAAAAGUAAUGAGUCUUCUGGUACACAAGCAUCUCCCGGUUUAUUUACAUCUCCAGGUUUACAAAGUAUCAUGGAACAAAUUACUCAAAACCCUCAACUUGUCCAAGAAAUGCUAAGUGCCCCAUACAUGAAUUCCAUGAUGGAAGCUUUGGCUGCUAAUCCUGAAGUAGCAAGUCAGGUAAUGGUCAACAAUCCUGUAUUUGCAAACAAUACAGCUGUUCAGGGAUGGAUGCAGCAAGCAUUGCCAGCAUUUAUUAGACAAAUGCAAAACCCUGAUAUGCAAAGAUUUAUAACAAAUCCUCAAGCUCUAUCAGCCAUGAUGAAUAUCCACCAGGGUUUGGAUCAGUUACAGCAAGCAGCUCCUGAUGUCUUUAACAUGUUUCCUGGGCAACCUCCCAGUACAUCAUUGCUUUCUAGAUCUGCAGAAGAAAAAGGGAAUGUUUCAGGAACUAAUGCAAAUGAACCCACUGUAAAUUCUCAAGACACAUUUAGUCUCUUCAUGCGCAAUAUGGUGAAUGUCAUGGCUCAGGGAAACAAUACAGAAAGUCCACCUGAAGAGAGAUACAAGAGUCAAUUAGAGCAGAUGCAAAUGAUGGGUUUUGUUAAUAGACAAGCUAAUCUGCAAGCUUUGAUUGCUACCUUUGGAGAUGUAAAUGCAGCUGUAGAACGGCUUCUUUCUCAUGUACCUUAAAAUCCAGAAGGGAGAAAAAAAGUGUUUUUUUUUUUUUUUUUUUCUUUUGUGCAGUGUGCUGUGAAUGCUGAUUAUAUUACUAUAUAACAUUGAGACAAUUGUCAUACAAAAGAUUGCAACAGCUUUUCUCAAACCAUACUUCACAUAGCUUUAUCAUUUUGAAAAUACAUUCCAUAGAUUCAAAAUUCUUCUCAAGUAUUGUAUAAUAUUGAUUGUUUCAUUUUUUACCAUUGGAAGUGCUCUGUUUCUGCAUAUUUCAUUUUCUUCAUUGCAUUUUCAUUUAUUUAUAUGUCUUGAUUAUUAGUGCAAUAGUUAUGAAGCAAUAAUGGCCAAUUAUUCGAAACAUAAAUUGAAAGCAUUGUUUCAAAUGAAAGAUGUAAAAUAAUUUUAAUUAAAAAUUAGUUUUAAACGUUCACUGUUAUUAAAAGUUUUAUGAAUCUUUUACCAUUAUAUUUGUGAUGAUUGUUUUUAAUUGAUAAUUUUAUAACAGUAACUUAUCGAAUAUAGAGGAAAAUUUGAAAUAAGGAAAUUAAUAUGCUUGCACAUUGAUAAUGUCAGUACUGCUUAAAAUCUGCACAUUAAAAUUAUUUUAUAAAUGAAAAAAGUAAUACAUUUAUUUAUUCUCCCUGUAGGAAGAUUGAAUAAUAAUGCCAAGAAAAUGCUAAUAAGCAGUAUUCUUAAUUUAUGCUUCCGAUUCAUAAUGAUAUGUAAAAGGAAAAAUAAUUUAAUGUAUAUUUAAGACAAAGUUGCAUUUUUAUUGGAAUUUUUCUAUGUUUACAUUUUAGAGGACUCUCAGUUUAUCAUAUACCUAUAUGGAUAAAUUGUUUGAUUAUUUUAGUCAUGUUCUGUUGCUCUAUUAAAUUGUUUAUGUUCUAUUUAUACCAGGAAAAAAGAUCAAAUCAGAUAUUAUGGCAUGAGUAUUUAACCUUUCUACAGUAUGCUACUUUUAAUUAUAAAAAUUAUUCUCUUAAAGUAGUAAACUGUAUUUUCCAAUGUUUAAUGAAAUCUUUAAAAAUUUGAAAAAUUUUAAAUUCAUUUUAAGAAAUUUUGACUAAUAAAUUUGAAUUAUUUGCCAUAUGUAUGAACAUUUAAAAUGAAAAGACCAGUUUUGAUAAUUAGAAAUUUAGAAAUAAUUAUAUUACCAUUUAUUUGUAAUAUAAUUAUUUCUAAAUUGUUUUAAUUGUUUAUUUGAAGUUUUAAUAUCAGUAAUAUAAUAUAUUUUUAUGUAAUUAUACAUUAAUGCUAUUUAUUUAUAUUUCAUUUGUUUUAGUAGCCCACUGAAUACGUUCUUUUUUUGGUAGUUUUAGCUGGCUUAUUUUAGAAGUAGGGUUUAUAUUAUUUGCAUUCAAGAAUAUCUUGUAAAAAGAGCCAUUUAAUUUGAUCUUAUUUCCUGGUAAAUAUGGAAAUGUGAAGUGAGACUGAUUGAUUCUUCAUAUUGUUAUUUUAUUUCUUAUGCGUAGUAAAUAUUUAAAAUGUGUUUAUAUGGUCACCAAAGGUUGAGAAAUACUGUAUUGAUUCAUGACAGUAUCUUUGUAUAUUUAAUGAAUGUGUGAGGCUUAAUCUCAUUUGAAUACUAAGUUCUGUGCAUAUUUGUUUUUUGAGCUUGGAACAAAUGCAGAAGCUCUUGAAUGUUUUUCAUUUUUUUUUGCCAUAACAGAUCUUUUUUUAGAAAUUUUAUUGGCAUUAAUAAAUUUUAUU